AUGCUCCAGCUUUUGGUUUCAGGACGCUUUGCCUCACUUGGUCAGACGCUCGGUCUGGUCCAGGUCGAGAUUGUGCUCGUGCAGCACAGAAGGAACGAGUGGGGGUUCUGCGCAAUGUUCAGGUUCAACCUCGAGGUUACUGAGGAUGGAAUUGCUUGUUGCGCAUGA